AGAACAAAAAUCGAAAAGGUGUUCUGCUGCAGAUUUUAUGAUGAGGUGCCUGCACGUUGGGAGUGCUUGAAAUUUUGAUGGAGCCUAUCAAUGGAAAUCUGUAACUUUAUAGUAUAGAAGCUGUCAAUCGGUGUAGAUUCUGUUACCCCCUGCAAUCAUGGCCCCCAAACACAAGGAACCAGCGCGAGGUGCCCUAGCAGGCAUGAAGGCAGACGUUGACAGAGCAAAGCAGGCUGCACUCCUUGGAGAGGACUACAACCCUGCAAUUCCAGGAGUUGGCGCUGCGUGGUCUCACAACUUUCUGAAUCAGAAACCGUGGCAUCCGCUCAAUUACAGGAAUCAAUUGAAGGUGUACGAAGCGCAGCAACAAGCCGAGUCAGAUGCCAAGGCAAAAGCGGUUGGAAAGGCAGAAUUCGACGCUGAGCAAGAGUAUUUGAAAACUCUCAGCUACUUGAGCGCAGAGGACCAGCAGAAGUAUAGGGAUCGGCAGGGUGUGUCCUUCAUGUAUCAGAAGCCGCCAGGCUACGACGCUGCCAUGAGCAAAGCCGCUGAACAGAAUGCGGAAGCAGAGAAGAGUGAGGCCGCUGCAGAGGCGCCUCAGCAGGAAGCUCCCAGCCAGCAGGAGGGCCGCAGGGAACGCCCCCAAGCUGGCCUGCCCAAGGAAUAUGUCGCCAACAUGCUGGGCGCUAUUAGCGCCCUCCACCAGCAUGAGAAGUAUGAGGUGAGGCAUGUCUCUGGAGGGGGCCAGCGCAGCCCGCCAAGAGGGGGGUUUGACAUCACAGCCUCUAACCAGCAGCUCCUUGUGGAUGAGCCCGAUGAGGACAUCAUGGUGCCAGGUGCAUCAGGGCUCGAUGCAGAAAGCAGUGACAGCAGCGACUCUGAGCAGCACAGAAAGCGCAAAAAGCUGAAGCAAGCGGAGGCAUAUCUGAAGGCAGCCGGGAUUGACCACCCGUUCAAGAGCUCAGGGAAGAAGGAUAAGAAGAAGAAAUUGUCAAAGAAAUAUAAGAAAGACAAGAAGAGCAGAAAGGACAGGUAACACGGUGCCCUUGCGCUCGGUUUCGAGCUGAAAAAUGAGUUGCAAUGCAUUUUAUCUUUGGACACUGCACUGUGUUGGAGCUCCUCUCAAAUGAUACCUUUUGUAUCUACACGCCCAGCUCACACAUGCUCGUAAUCAUGUGAUCAUGAUUAGGGUUGCAGACUUGCUUUCGCAAUGUCACAAGGGGUAAAAAAUUGCAAAGUGUGCCUGGAAGCGCCUAUAUCAAUUAGCCGCAUGUGCACUGUUGGUCAUAGUCAGCAAUCAAUACAUGUAAUGGAUGGCAUCUUUCAGGCUCUGAAUCUAUGCGUCGCAAUUGCCUUCUUUGACAUCCCCUGGACUGAAGACCGCCCGACAGUUUGUAACUGGUCCUGGAAGACUGUUCAUGCGAAUGAAAUCGCGCAGCUUCUGUAACGCUGCAGCGCUGGACUCUGCAGACUCCCAGUCCUCGGCUGUCAAUGGGAACACAUGCCAGCCCAUGUCGUCGAGUUGGCGGUGCUUCAUGAUGCUGGGGCCGAGCCUGCGCUUGGCAUUCCUUGCAAAGUGGGUGGGCCCAUCUAUCUCCACAGCAAUGCGCAGCUCGGGAAUGGCUAUGUCCACGGCAUAUCCGGUGGACACAUCUUCAUAUAUGUGCUCCAAACCCAUGCCCUUCAAGGCCCUGCAUGUCUCUGCAUGCUGCGCCGACAUAUGGAAGUCCGUGGUCCGCAGGUCAUGCUUCCAACACCUGUCAGCCUUCUCAAGUAUCUGUGCAUGGACAUCCGUGCCCAAGAGGAGAUCCUCCUUCCCUCUGAACUCCAUCUUUAUCUGACAGAGCUGACAUGCUAUGGCGUCCUU